GUGCGUGUGGUUUGCGUCAAAGAAAACUUCGAACACUCCGCGUAGCAGUAAGCAAGCAACAGAAAACAAACGGAGACCCGACCGACCCUGUCCUGUUUGUUCCAGUCUGUCUGUGGUGUGUCUCCCUCGCAGGCAGAGCGGGACAAGUUAAACAUCCUACAAAGUCAACGCCUCUCCUCUCCAUGGUAAACUUCCUCAAUUCAGUAUCCAUUCCCCCUCCUCCUCUGGACAUCUUAGGUGGACUUUGGCAAUGGCACGAAAAGACCCUGUCCCAGAGUUCGGCAAAUGGGAGAAGGAUGUUCUCUACACGGCCUACUUUGAGAGGGCAAGAAAGGCUGACACAAGCGGCUCAGACAACAGACAAAUGGCCCCUCCGGCGAAUGCCCAUCAUCACAUUCACAAGAGUAGCAGACCGCAUACUAUAUUGGACCCAACUGCAGUCGUUCGCAGAACCUGCCGUCAAGAAGUACCAAAGGCCACAAAGGGUCAACAUCCUGCAAGGAUAGAACGCCAAACAAGAGCAGCAGUCAGCAAUCCAAGGAGAAUGACUAGUAAUCCAUCCCAUCCUCAUCGAGACACUGUCUAUCAGGGAGUUGGCACUAAUAGGCCCGACUAUGUCUAUGAUAUUCAAUCCAGCUCUAGUCAGCCUCGGGGUGGAGGUGGUGCGGGGCGUCCCCCUCCAUGGGAGAGAAACAGUUCAACUGAAAGUGGCAGUGGUACUGGCAGCAUUCCUCCCUCGGCAAGGGGAAGAUCCCGUCUAAGACCUCUCGCUGAAGGAGAGAGAACGCCAGGUCACAGAACAGGGGUUCCGAAAUUCGGGGAUUGGAACGUUGACGGCCCUUCUGCAGAUUAUGGCUUCACUCGGGUUUUCGGUCAAUUGAGAGACGAAAAGAAGACCAGCACCUCCUCUGUGGCUGCAACGGAGACAGCCCCGACGCCUUCUUUAAGCGGUGAGAAGUUAAAUGCCAAGAGCGAGCCUAAGUGUUGGGUUUCUCUCAAGGGAUGCUGGCCUUGGCGGUGCAGCUCACGGAGAGGCACAGAACGAAGCAAGCAGUAGGUCAGUUUGUAAAAGACGCUUGGAAGGCAGCAACCACUCGGACGUCUCUCUGCUACGAAUCAUCAUACCUUGCAAAUGACUUAAACACGACUUCAAGUGAUUUCUGAAAUUGUAUUACCUCACUCUCAGUGUUGUAGAGCCAUUUCCUUUUAUUGAUCACACGACACGUUAAAAAUCCAGGGCAUGUAUGUAUCUAUAUAAAUAUAGCAUGGAAAAGGGUAGCAAAUUUAUGCUCUCUCUGGUCUCUUUUUUA